AUGCACUCGCGUCGACCCGAAACCUUGAAGAUUGACAUCUCCAAGUAUAGGGGAGUCGAAGAGGACUCCCUCUUGAGAUGGUUCGUCGAAUUGGAUGACGCCAUAAGGGCGCGUCGCAUCGACGACGGGGAAUUGCAAGUUGCAUUUGCCCACUCAAAUCUGGCAGGACGUGCCAAGACUUGGGCACUGGGGCUCAAGUUGCACGACCCAUAUGCGUUUGGUUCGUUGGAAGUCUUCAAGUCGCGGCUCAGACAAAGGUUUGAACCGCCUAGAGCUGAGUUCAGAGCUCGAACUGAACUCUUGAAGCUCAAGCAGGGUAAGCGUGAUGUGCACGCUUACGCCCAACAUAUACGACAUCUUACGAGUUGUAUAAGUUCCAACCCGGUGGAUGAACACACGUUGGUUUCGGUGUUCAUGCAGGGUCUUGCGGAUGGUCCCGUCAAGACUCACCUGUUCCGGCUUGAACUAGAUUCACUAGAACAAGCCAUUUCCAUUGCGGAGCAGUAA